AUGAUUAGACAGGUUUCCGCUAGUAGAGAUCAUACCGAGUGUAAUGAAGAAACUAAUAAUUUAGUAAUCGAUCCUGAUCCAGCCAAAUGGCCAGAAAUAAUUAUGGAUAAAGAUAGAGUCUUUUUAGUGAAGAGAGGGCCACCACCAGCACUAACCAAUUUUAGAUUUCCCCUUGAUAAAAACGGGAGAAAAUUUACCUCAUUUAAUUUUAACCGUGUCUUAAGCAACGGAGAAUCCGUCAAAAGAAAUUGGUUAAUAUACUCAACUUCUAAAAAUGUUCUUUUCUGCUUUUGUUGUAAACUCUUUGCUCAUUCAAAUAAAACUAAUCUAUCUAAUGAAGGAUUCAACAACUGGAAACAUACUGGAGUUACAUUCAAAAAACAUAAACUAUCAAUGGCCCACAUGUUAGCCCAAAAAUCCUGGUCAGAACUAUCUAUAAGGUUAAAUCAGAUGCAAGUUAUUGACGCUUCGAUCCAAAGAUUAAUUGAUUCUGAAACUAAACACUGGAACAGCGUUUGCUUGGCCUUUAGAGGUUCCUCUGAUAAACUUUACAAACACAAUAAUGGAAAUUUCCUUAAAUUAGUCCAGCUACUCGCAAAAUUUGACCCAAUAAUGGAAGAACACGUGAAUCGAGUUAUGCGUGACGAUACCAGAAAAGUACAUUAUUUGGGCAAAAAUAUACAGAAUGAAAUUAUCACCUUACUAUCAGAGGAAAUAAAAAAACAUAUAAUUACUCAGGUCAAUGAAGCGAAAUAUUAUAGCAUCAUAUUGGACUGCACUCCAGACCUCAGCAAAAUAGAGCAAAUGACAAUGGUAAUAAGAUUUGUUUCUGUCUCCAAAGUAGGAAACGAAGUCAAUGUGAGAUACGUGAGCACUUUUUAG